AUGUUAGGCACAGAUAAUUUAUUGGAGGGUAACAAGACGCAAGAAUCAGCGUUUCAAAAAUUAGCGGUUAGUGAAUCAGCUGGGCGAGAACGUCCUAAACAAGUGAGCAGCACAGAUACGAUGACUCACGCGCAGCCGUGCUCGGUGCAAGCGAGCGACGAACACACGACCACGAAGGCCGCAGUACCUUUGCAACGAUCGUUAGCCGAAAUUGCCCGCGGCUGA